CAAUAACGAUACGACCCGCAGAAGAGGACUUCGGACACGACCAAGGAGUCUGAUCAGGAACGAACGGAUGGACAACAGACGAGUCGCAUUUCCAGGGCGUUUAUCAUGACUUUUGUCACAUUAUGCUCCUUUUCGACCUUUGCAUUAUCAGUACACAUCUCCUUUUACUACUACUACAAUUAUUACUGCUUUUACACAAAUGCACACAUGCUCCUUGGAGACUUCACUUGGUCUCAACAACAUAUCAUAUUGAAUCAGUCGGUUUCAGCAAUGCUUCGAAAUAAAGAGUUACAUCAGACUCUUGUGUCUAUUAGAAUUGGCUUUGGGGGGUCAGGUGUUUUAGUUGCAAGGCGUUCAGGGAGUGCAGAUACCCUUUGGGCAGCGAAUUUGCUUGCCUGUUUCAGUGAUACAAACUAGAGUAAAAAGACUUUGGGAGUCAGGUUUCUAGAAAGAGGCCCUGUAAAGUAUUGUAGGAUUCUUGCAUUAGGGGGGAUAAAACGGUUCAGGCAGUUAAGCCUAUCGAAUAGUAUCAGGCUAGAAGAUAUUCAGAUUAUACG